AUGGCUAUGUUUUGUUCCUCAGAGGUUUUUUAAAAGAGAAUUGUCCACUUCGAGUUCUGACCUGCCUGAAAAUUGAGUGGUGAACCUAAUGACCUCCUGCCUGCUGCCUCCCAUCUCUUGUAUGACUUAUGACAAUUACUAAGACAAAUUGAGAUCUAAACAAAGUCUCUUGGGGAUUUUUGAUUAUUGUUUGCUUUCAUAUCUUCUUAAUGAUCAAAAGAGGACUCUAACAGGAACCUUUGAUGUUUAUCCAAGUGUGUUUCUCUCUGGACCCUACUCUCAGUGAAAAUAUAAUGAGCAACAGGUGAUCGUGGGUUGAUGAGUUAUUUCUCUUUCUCCCUUGGACAGAAGACCAAGUCCACUCAUCCCUCCACCACCACAAGGUUGUUUGGUUAGGGCUGAAUGUUUUCCUGUUUGUGGAUGCCUUCCUGAAAUAUGAGAAGGCCGACAAAUACUACUACACAAGAAAAAUCCUUGGGUCAACACUGGCCUGUGCCCGAGCGUCUGCUCUCUGCUUGAAUUUUAACAGCAUGCUGAUCCUGCUUCCCGUGUGUCGCAAUCUGCUGUCCUUCCUGAGGGGCACCUGCUCAUUUUGCAGCCACACACUGAGAAAGCAAUUGGAUCACAACCUCACCUUCCACAAGCUGGUGGCCUAUAUGAUCUGCCUACAUACAGCUAUUCACAUCAUUGCACACCUGUUUAACUUUGACCGCUAUAGCAGAAGCCGACAGGCCACAAAUGGCUCCCUUGCCUCCAUUCUCUCCAGCCUAUCUCAUGAUGAGAAAAAGGGGGGUUCUUGGCUAAAUCCCAUCCAGUCCCGAAACACGACAGUGGAGUAUGUGACAUUCACCAGCAUUGCUGGUCUCACUGGAGUGAUCAUGACAAUAGCCUUGAUUCUCAUGGUAACUUCAGCUACUGAGUUCAUCCGGAGGAGUUAUUUUGAAGUCUUCUGGUAUACUCACCACCUUUUUAUCUUCUAUAUCCUUGGCUUAGGGAUUCACAGCAUUGGUGGAAUUGUCCGGGGUCAAACAGAGGAGAGCAUGAAUGAGAGUCAUCCUCACAAGUGUGCAGAGUCUUUUGAGGUGUGGGAUGAUCAUGACUCCCACUGUAGGUGCCCUGAGUUUGAAGGGCACCCCCCUGAGUCUUGGAAGUGGAUCCUCGCACCGGUCAUUCUUUAUAUCUGUGAAAGGAUCCUCCGGUUUUACCGCUCCCAGCAGAAGGUUGUGAUUACCAAGGUUGUUAUGCACCCAUCCAAAGUUUUGGAAUUGCAGAUGAACAAGCGUGGCUUCAGCAUGGAAGUGGGGCAGUAUAUCUUUGUUAAUUGCCCCUCAAUCUCUCUCCUGGAAUGGCAUCCUUUUACUUUGACCUCUGCUCCAGAGGAAGAUUUCUUCUCCAUUCAUAUCCGAGCAGCAGGGGACUGGACAGAAAAUCUCAUAAGGGCUUUUGAACAACAAUAUUCACCAAUUCCCAGGAUUGAAGUGGAUGGUCCCUUUGGCACAGCCAGUGAGGAUGUUUUCCAGUAUGAAGUGGCUGUGCUGGUUGGAGCAGGAAUUGGGGUCACCCCCUUUGCUUCUAUCUUGAAAUCCAUCUGGUACAAAUUCCAGUGUGCAGACCACAACCUCAAAACAAAAAAGAUCUAUUUCUACUGGAUCUGCAGGGAGACAGGUGCCUUUUCCUGGUUCAACAACCUGUUGACUUCCCUGGAACAGGAGAUGGAGGAAUUAGGCAAAGUGGGUUUUUUAAACUACCAUCUCUUCCUCACCGGAUGGGACAGCAAUAUUGUUGGUCAUGCAGCAUUAAACUUUCACAAGGCCACUGACAUCGUGACAGGUCUGAAACAGAAAACCUCCUUUGGGAGACCAAUGUGGGACAAUGAGUUUUCUACAAUAGCUACCUCCCACCCCAAGUCUGUAGUGGGAGUUUUCUUAUGUGGCCCUCCGACUUUGGCAAAGAGCCUGCGCAAAUGCUGUCACCGAUAUUCCAGUCUGGAUCCUAGAAAGGUUCAAUUCUACUUCAACAAAGAAAAUUUUUGAGUUAUAGGAAUAAAGACGGUAAUCUGCAUUUUGUCUCUCCUUUGUAUCUUCCGUAAUUUACUUGGUCUGGUCAGGUUUGAGCAGUCACUUUAGGAUAAGAAUGUGCCUCUCAAGCCUUGACUCCCUGGUAUUCUUUUUUUGAUUGCAUUCAACUCCGUUACUUGAGCUUCAGCAACUUAAGAACUUCUGAAAUUCUUAAAGCCAUGGAUCCUUUCUUGGAAAAGUAACUGUAAAUCUUUCUGGACAGCCACGACUGUAGCAAGGCUUGAUAGCAGAGGUUUGGUGGUUGAGUUUUACAACUAAUCCCAGGUGAUUUUAUCAAUUCCAGUGUUACCAUCUCCUGAGUUUUGGUUUGUAAUCUUUUGUCCCUCCCACCCCCACAGAAGAUUUCUAAGGUGACUUUUUAAAUAAAAAUUUAUUGAAUAAUUAAUGACAAAACAUAACAAUAAACAUAAAUAAUAAACAAAAUUACCGAGAACCCCAUCCCCAUAUAACACCAACAGUGUACAUUUUUACUGUCACUUUUGAUAUGGUCUUAUCCAGUGUGAACAGCAAUUUAUUCUUAUUUUUGCUCAUCAAAAAAUAAAGGAUUUUCUUCUUUGCUUGA